AUUUAUAGCACCACAACUUUAUUUUUAUUAAAUACUAUUUAUAAUAUUAUUACCUAAUUAAUCUUUGGAAAUUAACGUUUGGAAAACAUCAUUAUAUUUUCCUAAUAGAAGUAAUUAAUUGACACUUAUUACGUUCCAACCGAACAUAAUUUGGUAGUAUGUUUUCGUUGGGGUAGUUAAAGCUGUUCUGACAACUAAACCGCCCUUAACUGUUAAUAUAAAAGUGCAAAAAACAAACAAUUGCAUAAAUGCUAAAUAAGUGUGUCGGUCACACUUAAUGAUUAAAUCGAAGGGUUUCCUGGUAAGAGUUCGAAAUCAUCACCUCAGAUUGGACAUCUAUUGAGCAAUCUAAAGUUUAGAACAACUGGAAAACAUGGCUGCGGCGGUCAUUAUAAUAGUCCUACCUCUUUUCUUGCUCGUGGCGGUCAAAGCUGGACCUAAAAAUGACGCCUUAAGGGAGCACAAUCGGUUGAGGAGGAUGCAUGGAAGUCCCCCGCUGCAAUUGGACGCCUCUCUCUCCAAGGGUGCUGAACAAUAUGCUAGGGAGCUUAUGGCUAGAGGAGUAUUGGUGCAUUCAAGUGCUUCGGCGGCAGGACAAUUUGGUGAAAAUUUGUGCCGACAUCUUGAUCCUGUGAAAUGUGUCCAAUUUUGGUAUGAUGAAAUGCCGUCAUACAACUAUAAUAAUCCCGUGUUUAGCAUUGCUACUGGACAUUUUACUUCCGUAGUUUGGAAGAAUACAAAGAGACUGGGUUUUGGCUAUGCCCAAGACAGAAAAGGAGUCUAUUACGUGGUAGGAAGAUAUUCUCCAAAAGGGAAUGUUAAUGGAAGAUUCGCCGAAAACGUUCUGAGGCCGAUGAGAAGACGGAGAAGGAGUCUAUUACGUGGUAGGAAGAUAUUCUCCAAAAGGGAAUGUUAAUGGAAGAUUCGCAGAAAACGUUCUGAGGCCGAUGAGAGCAUAUAGGAAGGGCUGAAUUCACGGCUUCAAAGUGGACAAUUUACUUAAUUUCCAGUGCUGCGAAAAAGCUGAAAAAAUAAGCACAUUAAUAAAAACCAUUUAUUUUUGUUUUUGAAUGAAAACGGUAAUUGAAA